GAGCUACAAGAGGGGGAGGGAUUCUUUCCUCUCUCACAUUUGCAUUGAUGCAUUAAAAAUAUGCCUCUAGGUCAGGGCUGAACUGGCAGAACCUUACUGCAGGCUAUACCUGAGUGUGUUCCAGUUAUGCCAUGGCGUCAGACAGGUACUUUCUUCACCAUGGAAUUUUGUUACCAACUGUGGUUCACAAUGAGGAGAGUCUGAAAUAUGCCAAUGAUUUCAAAGUUCAGGACAGCGAUGUGUUUGCCAUUACUUACCCCAAAUCAGGCACCACAUGGAUGCAAGAGAUUGUCCCUUUAGUCCUAAAUGGAGGAGACCUUACUCCAGUGCAAACUAUUCCCAACUGGGACCGGGUUCCCUGGCUAGAGGAGACACGAGCAGCCCUAGUUCUGAACCGUCUGCCCUCUCCACGGGCAAUGGUCUCUCAUAUGCCCUACCAUCUCAUGCCCCCCUCCUUCUUCCCCUCCAAAGCCAAGGUCAUCUAUGUUACCCGGAACCCAAAAGAUGUUAUGGUGUCAUCAUUUCACUUCCACAAGAUGGCCAGUUUCCUGGAUGACCCUGGGACUUUUGAUGAGUUUCUAAAUAAGUUUCUCUCUGGGCAAGUGUUGUUUGGGAAGUGGACAGACCAUGUGAAAAGCUGGCGAAAUUCCGAUCUGGGAGAUAGAAUCCUAUACAUUACCUAUGAAGAAAUGGUCAAGGACCUGCGGGGAGUGCUGGAACGCCUCUCACGGUUCCUUGGUCGGGACCUAAGUGAAGAAACUCUGGAUCGUGUAGCCAACCACUGCUGUUUCAGCAACAUGAAGUUAAAUGCAAUGUCAAACUACUCCCUGGUGCCACAGGAGAUCAUGGAUAGCAGCAAGUCCCCCUUCCUUAGAAAAGGGGUUGCUGGAGACUGGAAAAAUCAUUUCAGUCCUGAGCAGGAUUUCAAAUUCACAGCGGUCCUAAAAGAGGAAAUGAACGGAACAAACAUAAAAUUCCCAUGGGAUGAGGAGUGAACAGGUGGAAAUGUACCGACAAUGUUUUCUUGACAUUGCAGGCAGUUAGAUAGUGGAGAACUUAAAACAAAUGGACUUUCUAAAUGCGUCUCUGCAUCCACAGCAUAAGUGUAAUGUCACUGGCCGUGCCCUGAAACCUCAGCAGUACACUGACAAUACAAUAUAAAGCACCUGUGCUGGGUUUCCCAAAAGCAUCGUAGCACUAAAAUCAUAAUUCCAUUGGAACUAAAUUCACGAAAACCCAGCCCAGGUCAAGUUGAUCUAAAAAGACACCACCAAAUACAAGUACAUCGUCUCGGUACUGGUACACCGUGUAUAUAGCCAAGUCAUUAUUACUCAUUGUGCAUUUAUUUUUCAAUUAUUUCUAUUUUUCGCUCUGCAUUGUUGGGAAGGGACCGUAAGUAAGCAUUUCAGUAUUAGUCUACACCUGUUGUUUAUGAAGAGUGACAAAUAAAAUUUGAUUUGAAAUGGUCCAAAAGUCCUGCUGCCACAGGAAUGACUUGUGGUUAACUGGAUAUUUUGUAACUUUGUUAGUAUUUUGAUUGAACUCGGUGCUUGUUGGUUAAGUCAAAGACCGGCUUUCAAAUCAAAGUUUAUUGGUCACGUAUACAGAUCUGCAGAUAUUAUCGCAGGUGCAGCGAAAUGCUUAUGUUUCUAGCUCCAAUAGUGCAGUAAUAUCUAGCAAUACAAUAAUAAUACAAGAACUCAAGAAAUUACGAAACUUUCUGAACUAUUCUUGUGUAGUACUUAUUUCACAUUUCUUUUCAUAUAAACAAAUGGUAGUUGAAUACAUUUAUAUUAGCCAUAAUCUGGUAAUAACAGACUGUUAUCAUAAAUAGUAAAAUACUGCAGGUUAUAUUAACAUUGUAUACAUCUGACAGUCACAUGG